AUUCCAAGAAAGAUUAUGGCUGAACCAGACUACAUAGAUGAUGACAAUCCUGAAUUAAUUAGACCUCAGAAAUUAAUUAAUCCUGUGAAGUCAUCCCGGAAUCAUCAAGAUCUGCAUAGAGAGCUGCUUAUGAAUCAGAAAAGGGGUCUUGCACCUCAGAACAAACCAGAGCUACAGAAGGUGAUGGAGAAAAGGAAACGAGAUCAAGUUAUUAAACAACAAAAAGAAGAAGAAGCACAAAAGAAGAAAUCAGACCUGGAAAUAGAGCUACUGAAAAGGCAGCAGAAACUGGAGCAGCUUGAACUGGAGCAACAGAAGAUACAGGAAGAGCAGGAAAAUGCACCUGAAUUUGUCAAAGUCAAGGGCAACUUGAGGAGGACGGUCCAGGAGACAACAGAAGCACCAGAAUCCUAG